AAUUUGCUGUCAAAGUAGGUUGUCGUACUUGUCGGUUCUUUACUUCGGAAUUUUGGUUUCUUGAAGUUUUAUUUGCUGGAUUUUAUUACGAUAAUCAUAUUAAAAUAAUUAUUAUAAAAUGGCACGAGAGAGCAGUGCAGGAUUUGACAGGCACAUUACUAUCUUCUCUCCGGAAGGGCGACUCUAUCAAGUUGAAUAUGCAUUAAAAGCCAUCAACCAAGGUGGGCUGACAUCUGUAGCACUGCGGGGCACAGACGCUGCGGUAGUGGCAGCUCAGCGCAAGGUGCCUGACCGCCUCCUCGAUCCCGCCUCGGUCACGCAUCUCUUUCCUCUCACUAAACGCAUCGGAGCAGUUAUGACGGGAAUGAUUGCGGACAGCCGGUCGCAGGUGCAGCGCGCGCGGUACGAGGCGGCCAACUGGCAGUACAAGUACGGCACCGACAUACCCGUGCACAUCCUGUGCCGCCGCAUCGCCGACAUCUCGCAGGUCUACACGCAGAAUGCUGAGAUGCGGCCUCUCGGAUGCAGCAUGAUGUUAGUGGCGUACGACGAGGAGUCAGGGCCGUGCGUGUACAAGACAGACCCGUCCGGGUACUACUGCUCCUACAAGGCGGUGUCUGCCGGCGCGAAGGCCACCGACGCCAAUGCCUACUUAGAGAAGAAACUGAAGAAACGUUCGGAGUUAAGCGCUGACGAGGUCGUCCAGCUUGCUAUUUCCUGCCUGUCGCAAGUGCUAUCCGUCGACUUCAAGUCGUCCGAGAUCGAAGUCGGCUUAGUCACCAAGGAUGACCCACAGUUUAGAGUAUUGACUGAAAACGAGAUCGACAGGCACCUAACUGCUAUUGCUGAGAAGGAUUAAGGAGUGGAAAUCUGAAAAUGUGUUGUAUUAUUUUUCAAAUAAAAGUCGAGUUCGUAAGAA